CCGAAUAUCCCUCGAUACGUUCCCAAUGCCGUCCGCAACCUACGCAAGGCAGUCCGCUAAUGCUCUCAACAGAGCCACACGAGGUGAUGAUUCUUUAUCUCCUCCAGCCGGCCCCUCCAAUGCUCGGGACGAAGAUGUCAAAAUGAACACAAGGGGAUCUCCAAGUGAAGACGAGGAUGAAGAAGAAGAUAUCGAAGGCUGGACAGAAGACACCUUUGUGGACAAACCAGUAAAUGGAUCACAGCCUACAAUGACAAUGUUCCGGACGUUGAAAAGUAAGCUGGAAGAAGUAACCAAUCGUCUGGAGGAAGCCAUCGAAGAAAUCAAAGACGCUGCUUUUGCCAUUGAAGAAGCCAACCCCAAUGAUGAAUCCCUCGAAAAUAUUGAAGGAUCAUUAUUCAAAGCAUUUGACCAGCGCCAGGUUCUCCAGAUCAAGAUCAGAUGCCUCGAGCAAUUAGAAGCGCGUUUGAAAGGUGGUGAAGAAUACACGAAUGUCAAUGAUGCUUUUAACCACCUGUCCGAACCCGAAAUCAAAGAGUACCUGGCCAAGUCUCAACGUGCUAAAUUAAGGAAGUUUAAAGAGUAUAUCGAUUUCCGUUCCAACCUCUGGUCCAUCAAUCACGACGAUGCUUGUCCACCUGUUUCUAGUUUCCUUGAGAAAGGCAUUAAUGAUGAAGAGUCAGAUGAUGAGAUUGACGUUGGGGGUCAAACGCAGACCUACAGAUGCCCGAUUACACUCACUCUCUACCAGGACCCAAUGACUUGUACAAAGUGUAGUCAUACCUAUUCUAAGAUUGCUAUCUAUGAUCUUAUUGAUAGUGCCAGAAAGCAGCGGAGGUCGGCGAAGUGUCCCGUCACUGGGUGCUCCGUCACGAUCGAGAAAUCUGAUCUAAAACCGAAUCCAAGCAUGCAGAAGCGUGCAAAUGAAUUCGCCCGACGCCAGCAAGAUAAAGAUGAUGAAAGAGAGGAUGAUAUUGCAAGCAUUGAAGAUAGUGAUGAAGACUAAAACUAUUGAUGUUUUCAUCGGUCUUGGCAGUUACGAAACUAGAGAUGAGACUAUAGCUGGGCAUAUACCUUCAUACCUCCAAUUCUGUAUACAAUAUGAUAACAAUCCACCAGUUUGAUGACUUUUAUAACAAUGUGGAAUCCCUGUUUUCAGCCGGCGUUUUAGCGUCAUAUCCUCUUGUGUUCUUUAGAACAUCAUCUUCCUCAUUGACUACAUGCACCUUCUCACCCUCUG